CUCUCCCUUGUCUCUUGUGUUUUCAUUGCGGUCGUAGCACACGUGUUUCUGUUUUAUUACGUAUUACGUCUUUACGUACAAAAGUAGCCAAAUUUUCCCUAUUAAUUAUUGUUGGAAAAGUUCCAUAAAAAUGGUUCGGCGGCACAAUAAUCAGUUGCCAGAUAACAUUCCUCAGCUUCAAAACUUGAUAAAACGAGACCCUGUGUCCUACAAAGAUGAGUUUAUGCAGCAGUACCGGCAUUAUCAGGCCACACUUGAAGUCUUCAAGCUUCACCCUGAUCAAAAUGACAAAAAUCUGGAUGAAAUUGUCAUGUUUUUAGCCCAGGUUGCCCAAUGUUAUCCUGAUGUUCUAGAGGCUUAUCCACAAGAACUUGUUGAUAUUUUACAGUCCCACCACACUGUUCUAGAUCCAAAUAUGCGAAUGUCAUUUUGUAGAGCUCUUGUGCUGUUGAGGGGUAAAGGUCUUUUGUCUCCAACUGACUUGCUGUCACUUUUCUUUUCACUCCUGAGGUGUCAGGACAAAAACCUGCGGACCUUUCUGCAAACGCACAUCAUCAAUGACGUUAGUGGAAUCAAUGCAAAGCACAAGGAUGCAAAGCUCAACAGAACUUUGCAGAACUUCAUGUUUAACAUGUUGAAGGACAGCAACUCGAGGGCUGUGAAAAUGUCAUUAGAUAUUAUGAUUCAGCUCUACAAGAAGAACAUUUGGAAUGACGCAAAGACUGUCAAUGUUAUUGCCACAGCCUGUUAUUCCAAAUUUGCUAAGGUUAAAGUUGCAGCUUUGAAAUUCUUCAUUGGCAAAGAUCCAGAAGAAAAAGAAUCAGACGAUAGUGAUUCUGAUGAUGAUGAAAAAUUAACCACCAAAGAAGUCGUCAUGUCCAAUCGCUUCAACAAGAAAAGCCGGAAAAGGGAAAAGCAGCUCUUGAAAGUCAAGUCUUUGAUCAAGAAACAACAAAAGAAAAAGUCAAAAGCACCAAAUUUCAAUUUCUCUGCCUUGCAUUUGAUCCACGACCCACAAGGAUUUGCGGAGCAGAUUUUCAAAACUUUAGAACGAGCCAAUGAGCGUUUUGAGGUCAAGCUGAUGACCCUUGAUGUGAUUUCAAGAUUGAUUGGACUUCACCAGCUGUUCAUCUUUAACUUCUACCCUUACUUGCAGAGGUUUUUACAACCUCACCAAAGGGAGGUGACCAGGCUGCUUCAAUUUGUUGCUCAAGCUGCCCACGAACUUGUCCCACCAGACAUAAUUCAACCUAUUUUGAAAACUUUGGUCAACAAUUUUGUCACUGAAAGGAAUUCUUCGGAUGUCAUGGCCAUUGGGUUGAAUGCUGUUCGAGCAAUUUGCAGUCGGUGCCCCUUGGCAAUGGAUGAAGACCUGCUGCGCGAUUUGAUCGAGUACAGGAACUACAAGGACCGCAGUGUCAUGAUGGCCUCAAGAUCUCUGAUGGCGUUGUACAGACUCAACAACCCAGACAUGCUUAGGAAAAAAGACAGAGGUCGACCAACUGAAGCUACAAUUGAGCUGAAGCCAAGGAAAUAUGGUGAAAUGGACACCAAGGAACACAUUCCUGGAGCUGAAGUGUUGUUAGAUGAGAAGAAGAAGAAAAAAGGAAUCGAGGUCGACGAAGACGGCAGUGACAGUGAUGAUGGUGGUUGGGUCGAUGUUUCGGGUGAUGAAGCGGAAGAUUCAGAUGAGGGAAGUGGAGCUGAAGAAUGUCAGGAUGAGGAAGGAGAAGAUGACGAAGAUAGUGAAGGAGAUGAUGAGGAGUGUGAAGAUGAAAGUGAUGAAGACGAAGACAUGGAAGAUGAGGACGAAGAUGAGUCUGGAGGUGGAAAGUCUAAGAAAAAGAAGGAGAAGGAAGUGAAAACAAAGGACGAGGACAUUGAGGAAAAAUCAAAAAAAGCAGCAGAAGUUUGUUCGAUGAGGAUUCUCACUGACGAAGAUUUCAAAGCCAUUGAUGCUGCUCAAAUCAGAAAACAAAUUACUGUUGCAUCCAAGAGCAGGAAGAGGAAAAUUGCAGAUGAGGAUGUUCCCAAAGGUGAACUUGUAACCUUGGGUGAUAUUGAAAACAUCCACAAAAAACGGAAACAUGAUAAAGCGGCAAGAUUGGAAACCGUCAGGAAAGGGCAAGAGGGAAGAGAAAAAUGGGGUUAUCAAGACCGCCGUCAAAACCCUCACUCCAGCAAAACCAACACUGAGAAGAAGAAGAAUAAGGCCUUCAACAUGAUUAAGCACAAAAUUCGAGGCAAAGUUAAAAGGUCGUUCAAGGAUAAACAGAUUUCUUUGAGGAAUCAUUUGCUGAAGAUGAAAAGGUUGAAGUAAUACAUACCAGAUGUAUUAAAAUAAAACAUAGCUUUUGACUUACAA